GGGCGGCGGACAGCUUUCCCUAGCUAUAGCGCUAAGAGCACAUCUGUCAUCAAGUACUAGCAAAACCUAACCCCGUGCUACUUUACGCGGAUAUCGUAGAAACAAUGUCGAUGCCAGGGCUCAAACCCAUUAUCUUCUAUGAUAUUCCCAACGUCGUGCAGAGUGAACCAUGGUCUCCAAAUACAAUGAAAACAAGAUAUUGUCUCACCUUCAAGGGUCUACCCUUCCAGACUGUCUGGCUCGAGUUCCCAGAGAUCAAGCCAUUCUACGAGCAGCAUUCUCUUGUGCCCACCACCUUGCGUAACAUCAAGGGAACCCCAACACCCAUAUACACGCUCCCUAUCAUCAUGGAUCCCAAUACGGAUAGGUGGAUUACAGACUCCUUUGCGAUUGCACAGUACCUUGAUGAGCAAUACCCCCGACACACCGAAACCGCGCUGGUGCACGUAUUUCACACCGCAUUCUAUAACGCCACAAGGGGCGUCAUCUUGCUGGGCUGUUUCAGAGGUGCUCAGAAGCUCAAUCCCGAGAGCAAGGAGUAUUAUAUUCGCACUCGUGAGGAGCGAUUCGGGAUUCCAUGGGAGCAGUUUGCAACUCCCGAGAAGAGAGAAGAACAGUGGAAUGCGCUGCGUGCUGGAUGCGAUACCGUGGACGGGUGGUAUGCAACGAGCAGCGGUCAAUUCUUAUUGGGGGAUACACCGUGUUUUUCUGACUUUAUGGUUGCGGGUUUAUGUAAUUGGAUACGGUAUUGCUUUGAGAAUGAGGAGUGGGAAGAAGUGAAGAGCUGGAAUGGAGAACGAUGGAGGAGAUUGGUCGAGGCAACUGACAGGUAUCUUGAUUGUUCGAAGUAGUUCUGUUGAGCGUGAUGCGCUCGGCUUACCUACAUGACCAGAAUGCACAUGAUAGACAG